GAGUUUUGAAUCUGACUCGGCGUUUUUUCUGCUCAACAAAUCUGCAAAGUGGAUUUGUUUAAACAUUGCGCAUUAUGCGAACAUUAAAAAUUUGACCUGGCAUCUCUGGCUUUCAUCUUUAUGUCAUGUUGGAAACAAAAAAAUCUCAGUUUUUGUUCAACAGUGCGCGACGUAAUUCCGCUGGACAUUUUAUUCGAAUAAUCACAAGCAGGGGAGAGGGUAGCAGCUGGCAUCAGUAGUGGUAGAAUGAAUAUUGCUGACCCAUGGAACUGCAGUAGUGUUUCUUCCGAUCGAGCCCAGCAACUUGAUGAGGGUGAGUCAGAAUCAGCGAAUUUGCAAUUUGAAGACGACUUUGAAGCUGCAGUCAUCUCAUCAAGCAAUUACGGAGGUGGUAGUCACGAAAACAGCUCUCGUCAACCACAAGAUAAUCGACUCCCGGAUUCAGAUAAUUACUUGGCUGUUCUAGAGCGAAAGUUGAAAAGAUUGAAAACUAACCCGACCGUGCUACAGCAAUUGGCCGAGCGAAGAGAAGUUUGUAUGCAAUAUCUGCUCAACGAUAACGACAGAUUAUCUUGUGCAGAUUCCGAACUAGACGAACCAGUCAACAACAACGAGCUGCUACGCUUCAUUAAACCUGAACAGCCUCUUUCCAUUGCUGAAGUUGUGAAUCUUGUGAAGUACGACCACCUCGAACCGGAACCAGCACAAAAAGAUUUGGAUACACACGUUAGCAAAGAGAGCGAGGAGAGCGGUACCGAGAGUUCUACCAGUCGUUAGCUUUUAGGUGAGUGUGUUCAGAGAAUGGGCUCCACGGAAGUGAAUCUCGACCAAGUUGCAUACUUUCUGAUCACUGGUGCAUCCCGGGGCAUUGGUCAGCGGAUGGCUAUCGAAACAACACGCAAGUUUAAACCCGGUUCAAUUGUAGUUCUGUUGGCACGUUCAGCUUCCGGAUUGGAAUCAACCAGGAAGGAAAUCUUGGACUCAAAUCCUCAUAUCAGUGUUGUCACGAGUUCAGUUGAUUUGAACAACGCUUCCAAACUGUUACUAGAGGAUAUUAUUGAAAAGUCUUUGGCCAAAACACCAGUCACCAAUUUUCAACUAGCGGCAAUCAUUCAUAAUGUGGGAACGAUUGGAAACGUUGAACGGAAAGCAAUCGAUAUGAGUGAUCGACAGGAAUGGGAAGAAUAUUUCGCUACCAACUUGUUCACAGUUGGAGUUUUGAACAGCUGCUUUCUUAAUAAAUUUAGGGAAUGUGCCAAAAAGUUGGUAGUUAACAUCACAUCCAAAGCAUGUGCUGUUCCAUUCAAAAGUAUGGGAUAUUAUUGUGCAGGUAAAGCUGCCCGUGAAAUGUACUUUAAAGUGCUGGCGGACGAGGAGAGUGAUCUGGUAGUGUUGAACUAUUCUCCUGGUCCCGUAGACACCGAUAUGACUGUUGACAUUCAAGGCCGUUCUAAUGCAGAGGAAAUUAGAAAUUACUUCCAGGGGCUACGUGAAACAACAACGAUGCUUACAACUCAACAGACAACUGCAAAAUUUCUAAGUAUCCUAGAGGCAGGCCAAUUCAAAUCUGGCGACCAUGUUGAUUAUUAUGAUUGAAUCAUUCCGCUAUGAAUCUAAUUGAAAUACUUAUUUUUACAUACAUAUAUUCCGCAAAUAAACAUAUGUUGUGUUAAUAGCUUAAAGCUAGUAAUA